AUGUCAGCAGAAAUGUUCGAUAUCGUGGUGGAGUACACGGAAAAGGUGUCUUCAAGGCAUUGUUCCCCCACCCCUUCAACUUCCUCAUCAUCGCCCGCCUCCUCCUCCUCUGCUUCCAGCAGUGGUUCAGCGUCACCCUCAAAUGUCGUACGGCAAAGUACUCGUGUCCGUCGUCUCUCAAAAACUAAAAAGUCUUUGAUGACUUCUUUACGGCGGUCUUCGCGCAAAAUCUUGACUGUGGGCAAAAAGUACGCAAAAAAGUUUACUAGCUCGUCAUCGAAGCAUCGACUCGUCAAGUAUAAGAUUGACAAGCAAUACCAACAGCAGCUCGCAGAAAGCAAAGCCCGGGUCGAGCGAUUGAAACGAGAAAGGGAAGAUCUGUUGGCGGGGAAUAGCCAAACGGCUAUUUUGUGUGAAGAGGUGACAACACAAGCAAGAUCGCUGCGCGAAUCAUAUGAGAGACAACGGCCCGGUAUUUAUCGUGCUGUUUUAUCUGCAUUUUUGGAACAAGAGGAGGAGGAUGAUUACGAUGAUGUGGAAGCAGGAUUCAUUGGCACAUUUUACUAUUGA